AAGCCCUCCACAUGAGUUAUUAGAAAAUCCAUAUCACCGCCGACGUCACAGAGCCCCCACGCAGGCGUCCUGACGGCUCGGCGACGUCCCCGAGUCCACACUUCCUCCGUCAGCUGACAGGUAUGGCUCGCGCGACCCUCCUCUUCGUGUCCCUGUGCCUCACGGGGACGCUGCAAUUCCAAUUCAAGCACCACAACAACGAGGAGAUGCUCCAGGUGCUGCAGGACGUCAACGCGAGGUGUCCCAACGUCAGCAGGAUCUACACUUUGAGCGAAACCUCGGUCCUGGGGGUGCCGCUCUACGUGAUCGAGUUCUCCACCAAGCCCGGGCACCAUGAGAUCCUGAAACCAGAGUUCAAAUACAUCGCCAAUAUGCACGGCAAUGAGGUGUUGGGCAGAGAACUGCUUCUCAAGCUCGCCGAUUACAUCUGCGAACGUUAUUCUGAGGGUGAUCUGCAGAUCAAGUCGCUGACAGAGCUGACUCGCAUCCACCUCAUGCCUAGUAUGAAUCCUGACGGAUGGCAGUUGGCCACGGACACGGGUGGCCAGGACUACUUGAUCGGCCGCACCAAUAACAAUUCCAUCGAUCUGAACCGCAACUUCCCUGACCUAGACAGGAUCAUCUUCACUAACGAGGACGACCACAUCGACCACAACAACCACCUGCUGGAGCAGCUGAGCAGACUCAAUGAGCCGCUACAACCCGAGACCAAGGGCGUGAUCAGGCUAAUCAUGCAGAUUCCCUUCGUCCUGUCAGCCAAUCUGCACGGUGGGGACUUGGUUGCCAACUACCCCUACGACGAGAGCCGCUCCGGAAGGCAAAAGGACGAGUAUACCCCAACCCCGGACGACGAUACGUUCAGACACCUCGCCUUAGCCUAUUCCAUGCACCACACCGACAUGGCCAGCCCCAAGAGGAAAGGCUGCGGAGACGUAGACAGCAACCGUUUCGCCAAGCAAGGGGGAAUCACCAACGGUGCUAAGUGGUACAGUUUGCAGGGAGGCAUGCAGGAUUUUAAUUACCUCUCCAGCAACGACUUCGAGUUGACCCUCGAACUAGGCUGCGACAAGUAUCCCCCCGAGAGCGUAUUAGCGAGCGAGUGGGAGCGAAACAAGGACGCCCUGCUGCAUUAUAUCUGGCAAAGUCACCUAGGGAUUAAGGGCAUCGUAUACGAUAGCAUCACACAACAGGGCAUUCCCAACGCUGUUAUCCACGUCAAAAAUAUCACUGCGGGAAGGUCGGAUGACAUACAGCACGACAUCACGUCAGUGCACGACGGCGACUACUUCAGACUUUUGACUCCUGGAAACUACAAAGUAACUGCAUAUCGAGAUGGAUAUCUUCCACACACUAGAUUAGUUACCGUUGUUAAUAGACCGUACUCUGAAGCUCAACGUGUUGAUUUCUCAUUGAAACCCAUCGGCAAGCAUGCCUAUCACCACCAUAACCACCAUCACCACAGACCAUUCGUAGAUGUGUUUCGCCCUAUAGGAUUCAGACCGAUAAUUAUAUCAAUUCGAAAAUCGACGACGACUUCGAAAGCAGCCAGCAACAGUGGUCGAACUGGGCAGAAGAGAACGAACCUAUUUUAGAGCCAAUAGCAGUUCAGUAAAAUAGUAAAAUAUACAAUCUAUCAUAUUGUGAUCCCCUUCCCAGUUAUAUCAAUAGUUAAGAAGAAAGUGUAACUCUGUUAGAUAGGCGCGAUUAUAGCACGAGUUCUUCAAGGGUGUUAUGGAUUUUGUUUUAGCUCACAAUCACAAGUAAUGUAAAUGUAAUUAUUAUGUUCUUUCAUAGUGACCUUUAUCAGAAGAGACGAAAUAAAAGUAUUAUUUUGA